UGACAGCAUUCCUCCUGACAGGGGUCCUGGCAAUGGCACAAUGUGCUGACCCUGACCCCAUACCAGUGAAUGUGGCUUUGAGAGGAAAAGCAACUCAGUCAUCCACAUAUAGCUAUAUGAGUCGCGCUGCAAAGGCCAUUGAUGGAAAUCAUGAUGGAGUGUUUAGUCGGGGAUCCUGCACCCACACUGAAGGUGAAACUAACCCCUGGUGGAGACUGGACCUAAUGGAUGUGUACAGAGUGACCUCAGUGACCAUCACUAACAGAGUAGACUUUUCUGAGAGGAUCAACAGAGCUGAGAUCCGCAUCGGGAACUCCCUGAAAAACAACGGCAACGACAACCCGCUGUGCACUGUCAUCUUAACCAUCCCACCAAUGGAAUCCAUGACCUUCAAUUGCAGUGGGAUGGUGGGUCGCUACAUCAAUGUGCUUCUCCCGGGAUAUGGCCAAUUCCUGACUCUCUGUGAGGUGGAAGUCUAUGCAACCCCUGCUGCUAAUGACAUUGGACCGACUCCCUCCUUUGAACCAGCUGAACCAAUUCCAUUCACAGAGAACGUGGCCUUGGGGAAAAAGGCAAGUCAAUCGUCAACCGCCUUCUUGGGGAAGGCUGAUAAGGCCAUUGAUGGAAAUCGCAACACUUGGUACAGAGAAGGGUCUUGCAGCCGUACGGACAAAGAAGAAGACCCCUGGUGGAGAGUGGACCUGCUGCGUGUCUACAACAUCACCUCUGUCACCAUCACCAACAGAGAGGACUGCUGUGCUGAGAUGAUUGACGGAGCUGAGAUCCGCAUCGGUAAUUCUCUGGAAAACAACGGCAACAGCAAUCCACUGUGUGCUGUGAUUCCCUCUUUCCCACCAUGGGAGACCUUUACCUUUCAGUGUGGUGAGAUGGAGGGACGUUACGUCAACAUCUUCCUCCCAGGCUGCCACAAAUAUCUGAAUCUGUGUGAGGUGGAAGUCAACGCAAGAACCGCUCCUGGUUGGUACAGAGAAGGGCAUAUCAUAUAUAAAUCCAGAUAUAUCAAAAUAAAGAAAAAACACAAACUGAAUUUACACAAUCCUGCCUGGUACAAUGCUGUUCUUUGUCUCUCCAGUAAGACCCACAGCAUUAACUCCGUAGAGUAUUUGCUUCUCUUUGCAGUUAGUCAGUCAUCCUCCCCACCUGCUAUACAGACAGAAAAUCCACUUUUGGAGCUGAGCGAGAGAGAUCCAGUCAAAGAUGGACACAAGAGUUCACAAUGCUCUGAUACAAUGAUAGUUCAUGAGAACGCAGCUUGUGGUAAGAAAGCCACCCAGUCAACACAGUGGGACGAGUUAGGUGAUGCAAACAAUGCCAUUGACAGAGACUGGAACUCAAACUACACGAGUGGAUCCUGCAGCCAUACCAAAGCUGAAACAGACCCCUGGUGGAGAGUGGACCUGUUGAAACCUCACAAUGUUACCUCUGUGGCUGUCACUAACAGAGAGGACUGCUGUUCUGAGAGGAUCAAUGGUGCUGAGAUUCGCAUUGGGAACUCCCUGAAAAAUAACGGAAAUGAUAAUCCAGUGUGUGCUGUGAUUCCAUAUAUCCCAGCUGGGCAAACCAGAACCUAUCAGUGUCAUGGGAUAGAGGGACGUUACAUCAACAUUAUUCUCCCUGGGAGAGAGAAAUUCCUGACUCUGUGUGAGGUGGAGAUAUACAGCACUGCAAUUGAUGAUGGUCAUGCUUGCAAAAGAGACUUUACAUCGCCACAGGUUUUUUCCUGGUUAAAUAAAGCCAUCUCCAUCUUGGGAGAAGAGAUGACCCUGAUCAAGGGACUGGGUUCUUACUUGUCACAGUUCAUGGAUGGGACCUCUGGAGGUUCUCCUGAGGAGAAUGUAGCUUUGAGGGGAAUCGCUGAACAGUCGUCUCAGUUCGACCAUUUAACUCAUGCUGAGAACGCCAUCGACGGACUUCGCAAUGCAAAUUACUCCUCUGGAUCCUGCACCCACACUGAACUCCAGACUGACCCCUGGUGGAGGGUAGACCUACGCAGAAAGUACAGAGUGACCUCAGUGACCAUCACUAACAGAGAGGACUGCUGUCAUGAAAGGAUCAACGGAGCUGAGAUCCGCAUUGGAAACUCAUUGGAAAACAAUGGCAACAACAACCCAGUGUGUGCUGUGGUGUCCGCCAUCCCAGCGGGAGAGUCGGUCACAUUUGAGUGUAAUGAGAUGGAGGGACGCUAUGUCAAUGUCAUCCGCCCGGGCUGCUAUAAGUUCCUCACUCUGUGUGAGCUGGAAGUCAACGCAAGCCCUGUCACAGUUCUUGAAUCAACUCCUUCCUCUGCCAUCGAGGCUGAAAGUGAUCCAUCAGAGGUGGAUCCAGAGACAUAUAACGAAGGUAGACAGAGGGAAUCACAGUGCCCGCUCACAGCAGCAGAGAAUGCAGCCUCUGGUGGAAAGGCAACCCAGUCCUCUACAGGUUGGGGUGGUCAUGCAGACAGAGCCAUCGACAGAAACCGCAAUCCAGUGUACCGGUCUAGAUCCUGCACUCACACUGCAGGUGAAAAUGACCCCUGGUGGAGAGUAGACCUUCUUAAAAAUCACAGAGUCACCUCGGUGACCAUCACUAACAGAGGCGAUUGCUGCCAUGACAGGCUCAAUGGAGCUGAGAUUCGCAUCGGGAACUCUCUGGACAACAACGGCAACGAUAACCCAGUCUGUGCGGUGAUUUCCCACAUUCAAGAAGGGGAUUCUGUCACCUUCCAGUGCAAUGAGAUGGAGGGACGCUACGUCAACGUGUUCCUCCCAGGGAGUGAGAAAUACCUGACUCUGUGUGAAGUGGAGGUGAACGGAAGUGCUGUUCCUGAUGAAUGACUGAAUAGAGGGACA